AUGUUAAAAGAAGAAGUCAUCAAAGAAUGCUAUGAAAAUGAACAUAAAGGUUUUAAAAUUGUGGCUGUAGACCUUUCAUAAAAAUUCAAUAAAGAAAAUGAUUAAAAAAGGUUUUACUGCGUUAAAUGUCUUAUUGAAAAGAUAGGAUCAAAAAAAAUUAUAUUGUUUGAAGAAGCUUUAAAAAAAGCAGAAGAUGCAAAAAAAGAAUUAAAAAAAAAUAGUGAUUUAUAAAUCUAGCAGAAGUUGGAAAAUAUAUAAAAAAUAAAAGCGUCAAUCACAACAAUGGAGGAGAAUUUUUAGAAUACUUUAAUAGCUUUUCAAAAAUAUUUGGAAUAACAAAUAACUAUUGUAUAAAAACAAAUGGAAGAAAUUCCAGAACCUACAAACUUAGAUGAUAAUAUUAAAUUAUUAUCAAGUUGUUACAAAGACGAUAAUUAAUUUUCAAGUCCUUAGCCUAAUUAAGACACAAAAGAGAUGGUGAGACUUUUGAACUCGAUUAAAAGUUUUAUAGAGUAAAUAAAGAGCUCUUAAUAUAUCCAUGAAACAGAAAAAUAAAUCAAAAUGAUAGAAUCAUAAAACUAUAUUGAUUAAGAUUUUGAAGUAUAAUAAGUAAGCGUCUUUAUAAUUAAUAGAAAACACCAGCUUUAAUAAUAUUAUGUGAAACUCAUCAAAUGGAGAUUAUUAUGCUUAAUUUAAGUCAAGCAGAGUUUGUGUAAAAAAAUACUUACUUAUGUAUUGAUUGUAUCUAAGAUUCUAUUAUUGGAGCAAAUAAGGCCACUUCUAAUUAUUUAAGUUUAAAGGAGGCGAACAAAAGAUGGAAAAUGUAUUUGGAAGAACAGAAUGAAAAUAAAACUUAGAGACAAACAAAAUUUAUUUAGGCCAUAGGAAUUAUUAAAAAAUUAUAAGAGAAAUAUAAUUAAGAAUUCUCUAAAAUUAAUUAAUCCUUGAAUGAUGAAUUAAUUAAAGAACCAAAAGGAUUUGAAAAACUUUUGAAAUUAAAAAACAUUUCUUUUUUUGAUUAAGACUAACAAAAUCUUAAUUUUAUUAUGGAAAUUCUUGGUCAAAAAGAAAAGUAUAAAAAUUAGGAAUAAAUUUAAAGUUAAGAGGAUUCCAAAUUUUUCUAAAGCCAAAAAAAAAUAUUAGAAGAACUGAUUAAAGAAAAUCUAAUUGUAGAGAAUUAGUUAUCAUGGAUUUAGAAUUAUGAUUAAUGUAUUAUUUAAUGUUAUUUAGAACCUUAAAAUUUAAAUGAUGUUUCCAAAGAUAAUAUUUAGACUGACUAAGAAGUUAUAGAUUUUCUUAAAAAGACCUCUAUUUAUGAAUAAUAUUUUUCAUUAUUUGAAGUUUCAUUUAAUUAUUUAAGAAAAUUUAAAUAAGAAGAAUUAGAUCUAAAAUACAAAGGAAAGUUAGAUAAACUAUCAUAAUCUGAACAGGAAAAUUAAUCGAAAACAAUUUAGAUAUAUUAAAAGUGGUAUAAAUAAUUCUAAGAUAACUAAUUAAAGUUGGAAAGAUUAAUGAACGUUUAUGAAAUUGAAAAAAAAUUAAUUUAUGUUGAAUAAGAAAAAUAAAUAUUAUUAUAAGAAGAAAUAAAUAAAAACAAGAUUUUAAAUCAAGAAGAUCACAUAAAUGAUUAGAGGCAAUCAAUUUAUUAAUCAAAAAAUUAAAAAAAACACUUAGAUUCAGCAUUAAUUAAUAAGCAUCAGUUUGAUAAUUCUCUUAUAUAGAUGACAUGGUAAGAAGGUGAAACAAAAUUACUGUAAUUUGAAUUUGGAUAAAAAUUAUACAAAUUUAUUGAGGAAAAAACUAAAAAGAAAAUAAAAAAUAAAUAUUUGAUAUAUUCAGAGACUGAGGCUGGAUUAAAUUACAAAACUUUUUGGAGCUACAUUGAUAAAAUGUCUAAUUUGUUGAUGAUCUUUAAAUCAAAAAGUUAAUAUAUAUUUGGUGGAUUCUCUUCUUGUUAAUGGCUUAAAUAAAAUAAAUAGUACUAAGUCGAUGAAACAUUAUCAUCGUUUUUAUUUUCUUAAUCUUAUGACUAAAUAUACCCAAUAAUUUCAAGUUAUUAUGCAAUAAUUAAUUAUGAUUCUGGAAUAGGUUUUGGAUGUGAAGAUUUGAGAAUCUCCUAAGAUUUUUAGAAUGGAUCAUCGCUUUUAGGAGGUACGUACUAAUGUAAUUAAUAUAAAAUUAGUAAUCAAAAACAUCAUUUAUUUGGAUAAGCUACUCCAAAUAUUUUAGAAUGUGAAAUCUUAAUGUUUACUUUUACAUGA